CAGACUAUUGCGCGUUGCAAAAACUUCAACUAUAAGCAGUACAAGAAGAUCCGAGCUCCUAAGGCAAAUCGCACUGAGUUGAGGGUGGUUGAGAGGGCGUUCGCGGUGGGCGCUCUCACCGCAAUGCGGGGAGACUAUCGUGAUCUCGCAACCACUAUGGGACGGUCACAAGCACCCUCUCGGAGUUGCUUCAAUGGUAGAAAUGAAAGCCAACGAUCACGCUGUAGCUCUAUGGGAUGAUAUACUUUAUGAGAACGAUUUGGGACGCGGCAGGAGCCUGUUGUUGACACGUCAACAGAAGGAACUCAUCAUCCAGAUCGCGACGUCCUCAUGCGACGCACGUGAGAAGGAGCCCUGGCAGGGUAUUGCUGAUGGCGAUUUCAAAGAAGUUGUACCAGAAAUGAGUAUAACAACGUUUGAAAACAUCAUGUAUGAGGCAGGUUACACGCACCGCGCACCAGGGUGGAAACCUUCACUGACUGACACCUGAUCAAGAGAAGGAGCAGGAUGCCUGGGCACAUGCCUACAACCCUGAUAAGUACGAAGAAGGUGACAACUUAGGCUACAACUUUACCGAGGUAGUCUUCUCUGAUGAGACUCCUGCUCGAAUUGGUGAAGAGCGAGGCAUAAUAAGAACCUGGUGCUGUGAAGGAGAGAAGUAUGAUACCAACGUCAAACACGAUUGGAACAGGCACAAUUGUUGCCUGCAGUUAACUUG